AAGAUGAUAAAGCCGAUUCUUCUGCUAAUUCUCUUGUUUCAGAGCAUCAUCGCCGGUGAAAAUUCUGAUUUCACCAUAAGAGAGGCCACGAUCCAAGAGAUUCAAACAGCCUUUAACCAGAAGAAACUUACAUCCAAGGGUUUAGUUGAGUUUUACAUCGAAGAGAUAACAAAACUCAAUCCAAUCUUCAGAGCUGUUAUCGAACUCAACCCAGAUGCAGUUCGUCAAGCUGAGAAGGCUGAUCAAGAGCGAGAGACAAAUACCCCCAAUUUGGGUUUUGGGAUGCAUGGUAUCCCUAUUUUGCUCAAGGAUAACAUUGCAACCAAGGAUAAGCUUAACACGACUGCAGGAUCUUACGCCCUUCUUAAGUCGGUAGUUCCUCAAGAUGCUUAUGUGGUGAAGAAAUUGAGAGAAUCUGGAGCAAUUAUUCUUGGGAAAGCAAGCAUGAGUGAAUGGGCUCAUUUCAGAAGUUCCUUAUCACCUAGUGGUUGGAAUGCUAGAGCUAAACAAGCAGUUAACCCAUAUGUAGCAACGGUUGAUCCAUGUGGUUCAAGCACUGGAUCAGCUAUAUCAGUUGCAACAAACAUGGUUACUGUAUCAUUGGGAACAGAAACAGAUGGAUCGAUUCUAUGUCCUUCAAGUGCCAAUUCGGUUGUUGGGAUCAAACCCACUGUAGGUCUUACAAGCCGAGCAGGAGUCAUUCCGGUUUCCCCUAGACAAGACACAAUUGGACCAAUAUGUAGGACUGUAGCCGAUGCUGUGUAUGUUCUUGAUGCCAUUGUGGGUUUUGAUAACAAUGAUGCAGUGGCAACCCAAGAAGCUUCACAGUAUAUUCCAAAGGGUGGUUAUCUGAAGCACCUAAUAUCUGACGGACUCAAAGGAAAGAGGUUGGGGAUAAUGAGGGCUUAUCCAUAUUUUGGCUUUGCUAACGACACUAAAACUUUGAAUAAGUUUGAGAAACAUUUUGCCGUAUUAAGCCAAAGUGGUGCCACGCUGGUAGAGAAUCUAGAAAUCAUCGACUUGGAUCAUAUCGUUUCUAUGUUCAAUAGCGAGUUUAUAGCAAUAUUGGCGGAAUUCAAGAUAGCUCUAAAUGCCUACCAGAAGGAGCUUAUGGCUUCGCCUGUGAGAUCUUUAGCAGAUGUAAUAACCUUCAACGAGAAAUUUGCGGAUUUGGAAGAGCUCAAAAAAUACCCACAAGACUUCUUUUUGGCAGCUGAAGAGACCGGGGGUAUAGGAGAACUAGAGAAGGAAGCUUUGAUGAACUUGACAAGAGCAUCAAAAAAUGGGUUUGAGAAGUUGAUGAAAAAAAACAAAUUGGAUGCACUUGUAACACCAUAUUCCCACGGUUCCACGGUCCUUGCUAUCGGGGGAUAUCCGGGAAUCAGUGUUCCAAGUGGGUACGAUGAUAAUGGUGCUCCUUAUGGUAUUUGUUUCCAAGCAGCCAGUGAGCCAGGAGCCAAGUCGCCGUCGGUCUCGACUCUCUCUCGCGGUCUCGGUCUCGCCUCCUCUGGUGCAGGUCGCAGGCGGCAGCGGCAGCACCAGUCGACAGUCGUCGUCGCAGUGGCAAGGUCUCGCCAGUCGCCAGUCGCCUCCUCUCUGGCUCUCUGCGUCUGCGGUCUGUCUCGCUCACGCCUCCUCUCUCGUUCCCGUGUGCUGGUGACUGGUGUGCAGGUUAGAGUAGAGGGGCCUUUGUCAAAUAUUGUUGGGGGCCCAAACAACACUUAUUAA